AGGGCGAGGCAGACGUAGUGAUUACAUACUCUUUGGAGCAACUUUCCAACUUUCGAGGUAGUCAGACAUGUCAGACAUCACAUAGGUAAAUAAAUAUCUUCAUGUCAGUUGACCAAAUCGCGAAGCAAAGUCUGAAAUAUUCAAAAAAAUUGUGUCUUGAGUCUGACUGUAAACAAUAUCGUAAUACUAAAACCGAAACAAGAAAUGGUACAAUAUAAAAUGGACGGACCAGCUCGAGAUCAAGUCAUGAAAUUGAUGCAAGAAAAAGAUCGAAUAGAGAGUGAGAUACGCGAGCAAAACUUGGUUCUGGAGGAAAACAAUGUUGGGAUGCAGGAUUCACUUAUUGAUGGAGACGGCUAUCCUCGUAACGAUAUUGAUGUUUAUAAAGUGAGGCAUGCCAGGCACCGAAUCAUCUGUCUCCAAAAUGAUCAUAAAAAUAUAAUGAAACAAAUUGAAAGAGGUCUCAGUGAAGUGCACUCUCAAUUUGUUGCCAACGGUGAGGGAACAUCAAGAGAUGAUCAUUCACACAGUUCACAUUACACAAAUGGUUUUGCUGGAGGAACAAGCCAUGCCAGUGCACAGUCCCGGCCACAGACAAAUAGUGAUGAAAGUUUUGCCGUUAUUGCAUUGGUUGUGGUGGGAUCUCCUGCAGAUAUAGCAGGUCUAAAUGAAAAUGAUGAAUUGCUCGAAUUUGGUACAAUCAAUGCAGCCAACUUCACAGAUGUAAACCAAGUAAAUUCCCUCGUACAACACUCAGUGGGGCAACCCAUUCAGGUGCGAGUGAGACGGGGCAGGCAUGUGCUUAGUCUUACCGUUGUGCCCAGAAUAUGGACCCAGCCUGGUUUGCUGGGCUGCCGGAUCGAAAAGAAGUCUUGAAUAUUGUAAGAAUAUAUUAUAUUGUUUAAAGAAUUUUUUUUUACAAAUUGUGUACAUAUAUUUUGCAUCUUUAUGGGCUAAAAUAUA